CAACGGCUUUUGAUCAUAGCAAACAGAGAAUGUCUACUGUCUUGCGGAUGCUGCGGCAGAGGAUCUGCACUCCAGCGACGGAGAAAGUACGUUUGAGCAGUAGCCUAAGCGGCGGUGGAGAUUUUCCCAUCUUAAAAGGCCAUAAAGCGGCUCAAGAUUUGUCCAAAGAUACUCUAAUAUCCCAUGAAAUAACAAAACAUAAACAAGACCAACACGAAGAAGUUAAGAAGGAGUUCAAGAUUUACAGAUGGAAUCCUGACAAGCCUACCUCCAAACCAUUUCUUCAAUCUUUCUUCGUUGAUCUGUCCACUUGUGGUCCCAUGGUUUUGGACGUGUUACAGAAGAUAAAAGCAGAGGAAGAUGCGAGUUUGAGUUACAGAAGAUCAUGUAGAGAAGGGAUAUGUGGAUCUUGCUCCAUGAAUAUCGAUGGUACUAAUACUGUCGCGUGUCUUAAACCCAUAAACCCCAACACGUCGAAGCCCACCAUAAUUACUCCAUUGCCUCACAUGUACGUCAUCAAAGACCUAGUCGUCGACCUCACUAACUUUUACCAACAAUACAAAUCAAUGGAGCCGUGGUUAAAGACGAGGAAGCCGCCAAAAGACGGACGCGAACACAGGCAGUCACCAAAUGACCGGAAGAAACUAGAUGGGCUAUACGAAUGCAUAUUGUGCGCAUGUUGUACCACAUCAUGUCCUUCUUAUUGGUGGAACCCCGAAGAGUUUCCAGGACCCGCGGCUUUACUACAAGCGUACCGUUGGAUCAGCGACAGCCGCGAUGAGUUUAGACAAGAGAGACUUCAAGCGAUAACAGAGAACGAGACAAAAGUUUAUAGAUGCAGAGCAAUCAAGAACUGUACGGCCACUUGUCCUAAAGGACUUAACCCAGCUAGUGCCAUUUUGAAAAUGAAGUCUAGGCAUUUGUUCGCCGAUCCGGUCGAUAGAACCGAGAGUGUUUAGACUAAAUUCAUGAUGCGGAUCGGACAAUGGCUCAAUGUACUUUCUCUUAGGAUUGUCAUUGUAAUAAGAGUUAAAUGUUUUAAUA